AUGGCAUUCAAACAUACCCCAAUUUGUAGCGGCAAACUUUGGGUGGAUUAUUUUACCUGGGUUAUUUUGAUAAACAUCGUUUUCAAUACGUCUCAUUCUAUUUAUGUGCAUCUAAGUGAGUCCAGGUCAGUAUUAACUGUUAUAAUGCAUCAAUUUUAUGGUCUUUCUAAUACGCAUCAUUUGAAGCAAGAGUCAACUGAGUUUGGCAGCAGUUCAGUGGAGAAGCAGGGUUCAAGAAGAAAAGAAGGAAGGAUAUUGACAAGAUUGAAGAGAUACGGUAUCUCUGGAAUUUUGUCCUAUGGCUUGCUAAAUACUGUUUACUAUCUGACUACGUUUCUCGUUGUCUGGUUCUAUGUUGCUCCUGCACCUGGGAGAAUGGGUUAUUUGGCUUGCGUCGAAAGGUUUGUCAAGGUAAUGGCAAUGGUGUGGGCAGGAAGCCAAGUAACUAAGCUUAUUCGAGCUGGAGGGGCUCUAGCACUUGCACCGUUUGUCGGUAGAGGGUUAUCUUGGUUUACUGUAAAGUUUGGUUUUAAGUCCCAGGGAAAGGCAUUUGUGGUGAUUGCUGGGCUUUGUUUCGGGUUGGCAUUCUUGAUGUUUGUCGUAGUUACCUUGCUUUGGGCAUGAUAUUUUUCACAUUAUAAAUAAUAGUGUUGUUUCAUUAUUGUCCAGCAUUAUUCGAAGAAAAGUGUUUUCACAAGAGUUUAUACUACAUUUUUCAUGAAUUAAUUUUGGUCUUUUUUACCCUUGAUGUAAGAAUUCGGAUUUUUACUAAGCAGGAAAUAUUACAAUCAUAAUNGUUUCACUCAAUUUUAUUUUUUU